AUGAAUUGGUUCAACUCUCUACCCACAGGAUCGAUUGACACAUUCGCUCGAUUGUCAACACGGUUCACUAAUCAAUUCGCCAUCAACAAGCAGUAUGCCAAGACCCCUGCCCACCUUUUCUCUGUAGUACAGAGAGAUAACGAAACGCUCCGCAACUACAUCAAGAGUUUUGUAGAAGCCGUCCAUGAAGUCCCCAGUGUAGGGCAAGACAUGCUCUCCGGGAUUAUGCAACAAAACUUGAAGCCGGGUAGAUUCAAUGAAUCUAUCACCGGAAGGCCUCCAGGCAACCUAGAGGAGUUGCUGAAUCGAGCCGAGAAUUACGUACGAAUAGAGGAAGCCUCUACCCAUGCUCCUCCUAAAAGGAAGAGGGAAGAUGACCGUCAGGACAUUAGGAGGCGGGAUGAUCGACGUCCACCGCUUCCACCUCAAGGCCAAUCAUCUUCCUCCUACAAUAGGUUCACUCCGCUAAACACUCGCUUCACUGAAAUCCUUCAUGUGAUAGAACAAAGAGGUUUAGCAGAACCUCCACGCCCUAUGCAGCCAAAUGAGAAACGAGAAAAGUCGGAUCGCUACUGUCGAUUCCAUAAGGAUAGAGGACAUACUACCGAGGAAUGUGCACAACUCAAAGUGGCCAUUGAGAGGUUGAUCAAGCAGGGCCAUUUAGGCGAAUACAUCGAUAAGCCUCGAAACAAGCGCCGUGAUGACCCCCCAUGCCGAGAUAACAAUCGAGAUCAACCGCAACGACGAGAGGAGGGGGGGUCAUCGGCGAGAGCAAGAUAA